GCUGCUGAGGAGCCACAUGGUCCAUCCCUGCAUUCUCCAAGCAUUGACUGCCCAGCCACUCUGACCACAGCCAGGGGCCACAUCCCACUGCCUGCCCAGUGUCCAUCCAUGGAGGUGAGCACCGUGUCCCCUCUUUUCACCUCACCGACUGACACACCUGCUCAGUGUGAGAUCAAUGUCUCCAACAUGGCCAUAGACUUUAUGAUGCUGAUCGUUGGUCUCUGUGGGCUGGCUGGGAAUGGAGUUAUUCUCUGGCUCCUGCACGUUAAUGCCAUCACCCACUUCAUCUCCAAACAGGCCAACGUUGACUUCCUCUUCCUCAUCUUCAUGUUGCCCUCCACCCUGCUCUUCCUUGUGGAGGAGGUUUCCUGCUCUGCUAUAAUGCCCCUGAUGUAUUUGAGCUUGCUUUUCCAGCUGUCGCUGUUCACCUACAUUAUAGGGCUGUACCGGCUGACGUUCAUCAGCAUUCAGAGAUGCAGAUCCAUCCUCUGCCUGGUAUUCUGUGGUUGCCAACUGUCCGAACACUUGUUGUGGGUGUUGAUGACUCCACUGUUCUGGGUCCUCCUCUUCAUUUCCUUCGCUGUCAAUCCCACAGUGACUUCCCUGUGCCAGUCACACGAGCAGGAGCAAUGCCAGGUGGCUGUCACCUCCAUGUACGCCCUCAACCUUUUUCUAUUUGCUGUACCCAUGGUCAUUUCCAGCACAAUCCUCUUCAUUCAUCUCAAGCCUGGCUCCCAGCAGCAGCCACACAAGAGGCUUGACGUUGUUAUCUUCCUCGUUGCACUCGUCAGUCUGCCCCUCAGUGUCUGGUUUCUCCUGCAGCAGCUCGGUUACACAGUUGUGUCCUCCCAGGCGCUUUUCCUACUUGGCUGCAUCAACAGCAGCAUCAAACCCUUCAUCUGCUUCUUGGUGGGGAACUGGAAGAGAGACUACUCCACGGGGAGCUGCUGGAGACACUGCUCCAUGGAGGGCUGCAGGAGGUACUUCUCCAUGCAGUCCCUAAGGGAGGCGAUCCACAGGGUCUUUGGGGAGCCAGAAGAAAACACUGCCUGUGGAGGUGAUCCUGUUGUGAACACAGUUAUCUGA